AUGAUGCAGGACACCAUGUUGACAACAUCUCUGUGUCACAAAGAACCAGAUUUAAAGAUGGUCGCCGGUUGGCUGGCUUGCUAACUCGCUAGCUCAUAUAUAGAGUGAUGAUGAGGUAGAGACACUCCUGCUCUGCUCUGCUUUCUGUCUCCUGGCUGUCUGUCCUUCCUUCCCUCCAUCAUAGACAUACACUACAUACUACAUACUACACGCUAGCUUGCUGCUUUAUCAAGUGUGUUGCUGUUGCCUUUGGCGCAGUGGGAAUCUUAUCUCUUUAUUUAUCCCCGGGGCACACUCCCUAAUAUAUGCAUUUAAGAUCAUUAUUCAGCGCCAAGGUGUGUGUGUGUUGUUUGUGUGUGUGUGUGUGUUUGUGUGUUGUGUGUGUUUGUGUGUUGUGUGUGUGUUGUGUGUGUGUGUUGUGUGUUGUGUGUGUGUGUGUGUGUGCUGGAGUUGUAGUGCUGUGGUUUGUAUUUUGGGGGUGCUGUUGCUUGCUGAAGUCAGGAAUAGCCUCUCCUUCUCACUCACUAUCUGUCUGGCUUUUUGGCUGUGAUUGAUGCAGCGGGGGCUCCUCCCAGUAACUGUCAGCGAAGGAGGAGGAAUACCCAGACACUGUACUGUAAUAACCACACAGGAUUUACCAGUGAGGUCAUUUUGGUGAAUUAAGCCACAUUACUGUACCACAAUCUUUUCUCUCUCUCCUACUCCUUCUCGUUCGCUCUCUCUCUCUCUCUCUCUCUCUCUAUUUCUCCCUCCCUCCUCCUCCCUGUCUCUUGCACGCCCGCUCCCCCUCUGUCUUGUAUUCUCAUUGCCCCUCCCCGUAAACGCAUCUCUGCUUGCCAUACACAUGAUGGCACGGUCUUGCCCUAGAUUGUGAUUAAUGGCCGCAAUUCAGCCUGAAAAAUUCCCUUGAGUGGGUGCCAGUUGGCUUACGCAAGGGAGAAAGGAGAAGAAACUCAUUACUGCUGUCAGUAGAGUUGACGGAGCAGGGAGGGGUCUGCGUGUGUGUAUGUGUGUGUGUGUGCGCUCCUUUGCGCGCAUGUGUGAGUCAGUGAGUGCAUGUGUGUGCGCUUCCAUGUGCACGUGUAAAUGCUAUCAUGCCUUAUACUGCAUACAGUAUGUGUUUUAGGCUCGGUGCGAGAGUGACUGUAUGUCACCUUGUCUCUAAGGUAACAUGGCUAAUUUCCUUGGAAUGGCUGUGCACCUGGUUCUCUAAGAACCUUGCAAACAAGCUCUGAUUUGAGCUUCAUAAUGGAUAAUGGAAAUAUAUGGAUAUCCUGAGCGCAUCGAUCACACUGUUUUAUGAGCUAUUCACUCAGCCUCUUCCCUUUGCUUUUAUGUUUGGAACAGAUGGAUUCUUGUUUGUGUAUUUCUACACAAAUCCAUCCCCUUAAUGGAGCAUCCUUGCUUUUAUCAGCAUUUAGGUAAAUACAGAGGGAUGGGAAAAAAUGUGUAUUUGAUGUGGGAGCCCAUUCAUGUUCGAUCAAUGUGGUGGUUUUCAUUUAAAAUCCAUAAUUACUUGUCCAUCCUUUCAAAAGAGCAAGAGAGAGUGGGUAGAGGGAGAACGGGUGAGAGAGAGAGAGAGAGAGAGAGAGAGAGAGAGAGAGAGAGAGAGUGAGCAGGUAGAGAGAGAGAACGCACAAUUAAGAAUGCUUAAAUUCACCCACACAACAAAGGACACCUAAAAGAGGAUUUGGAAGAGUUCUGUAUCCAGUGCAGAUGUGGAGUGUGGAUGGCAGGCAUGUGCUCCACACACAGUGAUGUAUUACAGACAGCCAGGGAGCCAGCCUGGCCUGCCAGUAAACAGCACAAUGGUAACUACUGGGGCUCUGCCAUCUUCCCUGCCUAUUUCAGAUGGUCACCGGGGCAACGAGUCAGCACAUGCUUUUUACCAAACCCUGGUGGCGUAUCUUUGAGUCAUGGGGACAGAGAGCUGUAGCUGGCAGUGGAAGGGAGUCUAAAUUCCUGCAUCUGUGUUUUUUAACAACAUCACUCAAUAUGAAAUGAGCCACUUCAAGUGCAGUGCCUACAUAAUGCUUUCCCUCCUGCUUGGGUUGUGGGUUGACAAGACCUACAUAAUGCUUUCCCUCCUGCUUGGGUUGUGGGUUGACAAGACCUACAUAAUGCUUUCCCUCCUACUUGGGUUGUGGGUUGACAAGGGUUGUGAGUUGACAAGAAAUCGUUUUUAUACAGGUAUGUGAAAUGUAUAAGUUCCCCAGUUUUUUUCUCUCCCUCUGCUCGUUCUUUCUCCUGCCUCGGUCACUCCUUCAUUAAUCCCUUCAUCUUCUCCCGGACUCGUCUCAGAGCAGAGGGCAGCCAUGAAUAUGGAUGAAGAGUUUAAUCAGUGCAGGGGGGAAAUAAAUUGUGGCUGUGAGGCAGGCAGGGCCUCUCUCUGUGAAGCUCUGCUUUAACAUUGACAGGAACCAGCACAACACAGCACCUAAUCUACAUAUUACGUUUACAUUUUAGUCAUUUAGCAGAUGCUCUUAUACAGAGCCACUUUCAGUUAGUGCAUUCAUCUUAUGAUAGCUAGGUGAGACAACCACAUAUCACAGUCGUAUUGAGUACAUUUUUCCUCAAUAAAGAAGUUAUCAGCAAAGUCAACGCUGGGGGGGUGGGGGGGGGGGGAUAAGACUGAGAUGUCUUCUUUAAGAUGCUCUUUGAAGAGGUAGGGUUUCAGAUGUUUUCAGAAGAUGGGCAAGGACUCUUCUGUCCUAGCAUCAGUGGGAAACUGGUUCCACCAUUGGGGUGCCAGGACAGAGAAGGGGUGGGAGACCAAGAGACCAAAGGUGGCAGAGCUGAGUGCCCGGGUUGGGGUGUAGGCCUGAAGGUAGGGAGGGGCAGUUCCCCUUGCUGCUCCGUAGGCAAACACCAUGGUCUUGUAGUGGAUGCGACCAUGGUCUCGACUGGAAUCCAGUGGAGAGUACAGAGGAGCGGGUUGACAUGGGAGAACUUGGGAAGGUUGAACACCAAACGGGCUGCAGGGGUGGGAGCCCAGCCGACAGAGAGUUGCAGUAGUCCAGACGGGAUAUGACAAGUGCCUAGAUUAGGAACUAUGCACAUCCUGAGACGUCCAACCCUGAGAGGGUGGAGAGGAGGGUUCACGGAUAGUUCACGGUGUCGAAGGCAGCAGAUAGAUCUAGGAGGAUGAGAACAGAGGAGAGAGUCAGCUUUGGCAGUGCGGAGAGCCUCCAUGACACAGAGGAGAGCAGUCUCAGUUGAGUGACCCGUCUUGAAGCCUGACUGGUUAGGGUCAAGAAGAUCGUUCUGAGAGCAAUAACUAGAGAGUUGGUCAGAGACAGCACGCUCAAGUGUUUUGGAAAGAAAAGAAAGAAGGGAUACCGGCCUGUAGUGUUGGUUUCUUGAGGAGGGGAGCGACCCUGGCCAUCUUGAAGUCAGAGGGGACGCAACCAGUGGUCAGGGAUGAGUUGAUGAGGGAAGUGAAGAAUGGGAGGUCUCCAGAGAUAGUCUGGUGAAAGGAAGAGGAGAUGGGGUCGAGUGGGCAUCACUAGUCGCACGAUUUCAUCUGGAGAGAGAGGGGAGACAGAGGUCAAGGCGUAGGGUAGUUCUGUGUGAGUAGGACCAGUGGACUCUAUAGGCUGAGCGAAUGAGGAGAGGAUGUCUUCAACCUUUUUUUCAAAGUGGUUUACAAAGUCGUCUGCAGAGAGGGAAGAGGGAGGGGGAAGAGGUGGAGGAUUGAAGGGAGGAGAAGGUGAAAAAGAGUUUCCCAGGGUUGGAGGAUAGAGGCUUCGAAUUUAGAGUGAUAGAAAGCAGCUUUAGCAGCGGAUACAGAGGAAGAGAAGGUAGACAGGAGGGAGUGUAGGAAUUUCCUACGGAAGAUACGUUUUCCUCCAUUUUUCCUCAGCUGUCCACAUCCCUGUUCUGUGAGCAUGCAGUGGGUUUCUCAGCCAUAGAGCAGGCGGGAAGGGAGAGAUGAUAGGAUAGAAGAGGAGAGAGUAGUGGGAGAGAGAGAGCGAAGAUUGUGACGGCGCAUGACCGUCUGGGUAGGGGCAGUAUGGCUAGGGUUGGAGGAGAGAGGGAGAAAAACAGAAACAAACUAUUCUCCCAUGAACCGUAAGUUAUCUCUGUGAUUUUCUCUGGUCUCAUCACAGAGUGCCGUCCAGGGUGAUGGCCAUUAGUCACUACACCACAACAACACUUCAAGUCAUGCAUUAGGUAUACCCUGUUUAGCUGGCUGAUUGCAUCACUGUCUGGUCUGUGUGGCGGUUCCAUCCAACAUAUGAACCAUGUGGAUGGCUCCACUAACAGAUGGUGAAGGCAGGGAGAGUAUGAGCCAGAAUAUAUUACAUCUUCAUGCUCGUUGGGUGCUGGGGUAUGACUCUCCCUAACAGUGACGGUGACAAUGACACAUGGCUACUGCCCACAUUUGGCCAGUUGUCACUCACGGGGGAAGCAGUGGACCUCCCCUCUCAUAGAGAGCUUUAGAUUCGUAAUGGUACCGUCUAUUGUGUUUGUGCACAAGCACAUAUUUGUGUGUGUGUGUGUGUGUGUGUGUGUGUGUGUGUGUGGUUUAGCGCAAGCAUAUGUGUGUGUGUGUGUGUCACGGUGGGCGUGCAUGUGAGUUGGUGGGGGGCAGUGAUUUACGCCACCAUGUUGGGGUCCCAAAUAUGCAGGGUCCUGUGAAGUGCAGUGGAGCGCACUGGGGCUGUCCCGCCCAGGCCAAGACUCCUUUCAUAGGGGACGUGGGAGUGCCAGAUGUGGGGCCAUCCGUCACCUCCUGUUCACACUCCCUCCUCACACCGACCUGCCGUCCCCGGCCCACUGUCAAGUUCACUGCCACCACAACACUGGAACAACUCUAUGACACAAACUCUCAUACAUACGGUAGGGUAUCUCACUCCUAUUUUAUAAAGUUUAUUUUAUAAACUUCCACUGCCAAUGUGUGAAAAUAGACUAGUGUUAAGGCUGAUCUGGUGACCAUGAACAUUGAGUGUAAGAGAAUCAGAGAUUUAUCCCGUCUGUGGCCCUAUGAAAGAAUGGCCCUCAACAGUUACUCUCUAAUGAGGGGGAAGUAAUGUCUCUUUGGCUGGGGAGGAUUGUGAUGCCAAAUGUCCAUCCACUUUGUUAUUCAAAACUGGGCCUGUAUAGCCAGCACCGAAUUCAUCUUUUUAAUUUCUGGGGUGACAAAACGACAAGGAGAAAACAAGCCAAGGAAUGAUCUAAUGGCAUUUCCAUUUGAAUAUAAAUGGUAUUUCACCCCAGAUGUCUGUAAGCGUUUUCGAUAUUUCAAACUACACACACAAGGAAAAUAAGAAAAACUGCACUUUAAGAGGCAGGUUUUUUCCUUACUGGAAAAAAACAGAAAAGUUUGCUUGGCGAGGUGGUGAAUUAAAUGACAGGAGGAUGAGAGAGAGAGAGAGAGAGAGAGAGAGAGCGUGAGAGAGAGAGCGCAUCUCAUUUAAUUUAUAACAGCCAGUUGCUUCAACUGCUAUUGGUGAUAUUGAUUAGAUAUGUGGCCCUAGGCAACGGGAGAAUGUCAGCGUGGAUGUAUAGUCUCUCUCCACCAACAAUCAGGUGCUGAAAAUAUCUUCUGUCCAUAAGACGAGAUAGUGGAAAUCUAUUUUAAGGUACAUUAGGUAUGGCUCUGUACAGCCCCCCUGUGAAUGAAUGACUGCCUGUCGUCCCAGAGGUAGAUGACUGUAGUAUGGACUACAUGAUGGGGAAAUAUAAUGUACUGUACAUAAUGAUGAGAGGAACUAAGUGAAAAUGGCUUUGACGGUUGAGUGAGAUGGAUGGUUUAUUGAGCCUAUUGUUUUACGAGGGGGAUGCGUGAUUUGAUUAUUAAAACUGUGAAAAGGCCAACCUGAAGACAUGGAUGUGCAUAAUAGUGGCGUAAUUAAAUUGCAAUUCAAUGUGAAAAUGUUUGUCUUUCAUCAGCCUUUGCAAUCUGUUCAGGGCAGAAUAGGUUUCCCUCUCCACCUCAUCCACUGUGUCCCCCUCUGUACGUACAUUCCCAUUCCCUCUACUUCCCUCGUUAGCCCUUCCUCUCUUCCUUCUCCCUCUCUCUUUCCUCUCCACCUCGUUCGCUCACUGCCCUCCUUCUCCCCCUCCUCCUCCCCCUUACUCUCCUCUUUUUUCUCCAUCUCCCCCCACCCCAUUUCCCCUCCCUCCGCCUCUCUGUGGUUUUCUCUCUCGGAGGGACGCUGUAGUGUUUCAGCUCACUGUGCUCUGUGUCGCUCGGCCAGGGUGUGUUUCUCUCUCUGCUACUUCAAUGAUUCCUGGUGCGGCGAACCCCAGCCUAGCCGUACCUCGCCGUGCUCCAGCCAUAUUCUGUCCCGGGAAAACCCAAUUAACACCAGAGAGUACCUCUCCACAGCACCAAUGUUGUUGCUGAGAGGGAGAAGGUGAUUUGAAAUGACAAGCCGAUGAGACUUGUGGGCCAUCAAAGCCAGAUCGCAUGCUGCAUCCGGAGCCAUCCCCAGUGCAAAGCCUUUAAUGAGGGGGUCAUUUGGCAGGGGGGCCACACUGAGAGGGGGCAGGUUAAGAGGAGAUCAGGUUCUUUCAAGUGGAGAAUUCCAGGCCCCAAUAGAAUGGGACUAAACUAGUGUUGCCUGUGUGUCCCAGCUGAAAGCCCUCUUGGUUAUUUUUUUUACAUACAGGCCCAGGAUAAUAGGCUUUGAAUGGGCCGAGUUGUGUCCCAGUUUAGGCUACAGUCCGUGGAAAGAAACGUUUGUGGUGUAGCUACAGUGACAGUAAAGUGUGUCAUUGUCCCACACCACCUCAAUAGGUGGCGGUGUUAACCCAACUGACAGAGGUGUUGUGACCACAAAGCUGCCCUAUAAACACUCCCAACAGAACUAGGAAGUUCCUAACUUUGUUGGAGGACUUUUAUAUUUUCUGAAAGAUGCAUCUCCUCUCUGUCACUGCACCGAGGCAUUCACAGGGUAACCGCGUGAUUUAUUUAGUUACGAAGCCAGAUUGUGAAUACAAACACGUCUCUCUGUUCUCCCCUGUGUUCCACAGUGGAAUGAAGAGAGUUCCUCUAAAGCCAGGGUGGGGAGGUGAGGCCUUGUGUGAUGCAAAGAGAUAUUAAGAUAUUAAUUGAGUGUCAGUGGCCUAGUUAUCUGAGAGCUAGAGAGAGGUGCCACCUGGGAUAGGAUAAAGUAAUCCUUCUACCCCCCCCCUUACCCCAACCCACCCACCCCCACCCCUAAAAAAUAAAAAAUAAAAAUAAAAAACAAUGUAAAGUGGUUGUACUACUGGUUGUAAGGUGAAUGCACCAAUUUGUAAGUCGCUCUGGAUAAGAGCGUCUGCUAAAUGACGUAAAUGUAAAUGUAAAAAUUUAGCCUCUACUCUGGUCUACUCUGUUGUAUUCUGAUGUGUUCUGUUCUGCCGUACUGUUCUGUGUUGUGGAUGACAGGCAGGGUGAGGGGAUUCAGCCUGGGAACCCAGGGGCUCCAGUCGCCACACACACAAACACUCACACAGCCAGAGCUGGGCCACAGUGAGGGGUGUCGCAGCCCAGUCUAGGCAUGUUUGUCUCUGCCACUCAUAUGGGCUCUGUGUGAUUAAUAACUACAUUGUUUGAAGUGACUUAAUGAGCAUGCAUAUCUCUGGCCAAUCAAUUAUUAAAACAAACGGCCCUCUCUGGGUUAUUUUAUUCUCACACAUCAAGGCUCGCCUUUGUUGCAUUUUGCACAACAGUGCCCCUAAACAUCUACUAAUGUUUUUUCUUUUAUGCACAAAAUAUUAACAAGGACUGCAUCAACAGCGGAAAAACACUGCUAAAUAAUUUGUAAUGGUACGCCCGUCUAUUUUCUUUCUGUCCUUCUUUUUUCCUUUUUUUCUACCUCCUUCGCUUUUCUCCUCCCCUCCCCUGUCCUUUCUGUAGCAGUCAUUUAAAUAAUCUCUUAAUUUUCAGCAUCUGUUGUGGUUUAAUGGGCCCCACUUUAAUUAGGCCUGCAUGCUUAUGUAUGUAGAGAGGCUCAGUGUUAGGAGAGAGAGAGAGAGAGAGAGAGAGGAGAGAGAGAGAGAGAGAGAGAGAGAGAGAGGAUAUCAGAGCUAUCGCUCUAGAUAGGCUCUAGCUCGUAUCCUACUUCUCAUAGAUCUCACCUCUCUGCGCUCUCUCACUCUAUCCCCCUCUAGCACUCUGUUCUCCUCCUUCUCUUAGGGUUGGGGCCAGGGUUGCUGUGGGGCCCAGAGGUCGCACCACUCUUUGUCCAUGGGUGGAGAGGCCAGGGAGGGCUAGGGGGGCCAGCAGCCUCACUUCACUACAACAGGCAGAUCACGUAAUGAGCACUCUCCAUGGGCUCGGCAGAAAGCAGCUGUUUCUAGUUUUCAAGGAUACAGUAUUUUCAACCUAACUUCCAUUUCCCCUGAAAAACAGAUGUCUUUUUACGCCUUCUACGUUAGGUUACAUAAUGAGUGACAGGGCUUUCCCAUCAGCCUCUCUGGCUGGCUCCAUUUCAUCAGAACAAAGCUUUUAUGGUUGUCUCCUAAUGACCUCGCUAUCUUCCCCUCUUCUCUUCCAGCUACUAAUGUAUAGCCCUGGAUACUAACACAGAGCGCUGUGAGGCCUCAGCCACAGUUGCUGUUUACAAUAUGAAAAAGGUCUUAUCUUUCUUUAUAUGUCCUUUUCAAAGACAUGUAGUCCCAAUAAUGCGCUAAUUAGCUGGGGGAGCCCAUGCUCUGUGGCGGUGCGUUUUCUGUCCUUCAGUCACCACCAUGCCUUUAUGUUCACAUGAAACUAUGACACCAGAGAUCCUUAACAAGAGAGCAACAUCGCUGGCCUCUUCUUCUGUUCAACAGCGUCUACAAAAGGAUGAAGACACACAAACCCUUCACACACAAACACAAAGCCUUUGGUGUGUAUACCCACGGCCUUGCGUCUGUGUGGCUGUUGGGGAUGUCUUUUAUGAAGAGGUCUAAUCGUCUCAUAUUUGGUUGUGCUUACGGAUAAAUAGACUAGUUGAAACAGACUAGAAUAGACUAGACUCUCUCUCUCUGUAUAGCUAAGAGCUGGCCAGCCCAGUCUCCCAGUUCCCUGCUCAAUAAUGAGGGUCUAUGGGAGGAGAUCUGGUGUGUUUUGGUGGCCCUGCCGUAACUCAGUAGUGAGUCUAUGGGAGGAGAUCUGGUGUGUUUUGGUGGCCCUGCCGUAACUCAGUAGUGAGUGUGUCUGACGCUGCUGCUGCCGGCGCCAUGUCCCUGUAUGACAGGUUUAAUGACACCCAUCCAUCUAACUUUAUUUAGCAUAGUGUGCACUGCGCCCGCUCCAGCAAAUCCAUCAAUAUAACUCUAUUUAGGACAGACAGCGCCUCUCAAUAAGGUACAUCACCGUCAAGAGGCUAGAGGAAGCACGGUUCAGACAAGCCACAUACAGCGAGGAACCAAAUCCAAUUGUAAAACACAUUACAGAUGUUGUAGGGAAAUGGGUUUUACUUGCGCUGAAAAACUGGGUUGUACUUGAUCUGAAUGACAGGGAGGUGACAGUGACUCACAUUGGCCCUGUACCGUAAACUGACAGGAUGAGAUAAGUAAAACACAUGGAGUGAUUCUCCUUCUAGCCAGUAAGACAAGAAAGUCAUUACCAUGGUGACUAUAAGUAUCAGAAGGUCCAGUCUUAGAUAAAUACAGAAGCCUGGAAUGAGAUGCAGACAGCACCUUUGGGCUGAGAUCAUAGGGGUGUGUGUGUGUGUGUACGCUACAUUGCGUGUCACGGGGUCUUCAUCCUCAGCCUCUCCUCUACUGCGAAGUGUAUGGGAGGAGCCUGGCUGCCCCCAGCCCUGAGACAGUGAGGGUGAGCGAUGCGUGGGCUUACUCCGAAGCUGCCGUGUCCCACUGUUUAUGGGCUAAUGCGUUAAAAGAAGAAAAUGGGUGCCAGGAGAAGAAAAAGUACAGUAUAGAGCAUCAAUACAAGGCCCCCCCUGGUGAGAUCAACACGCGCCACAGACCAGCAGAUUAAUCACAUGGGUGCGGUGGCCGGUGUGUAGGGUAGGGGGGUCUAGGGCCAAUAAAACAUCUCUAGGGUCCCUGCACCGAAAAUACUACUUCAGGUUGCCUAUUUAAAGCAUGGUGACUCUCCAUGCUGGAAUUGCAUCAUAUACCAUCUGCAUUAUUUAUGGUCACCAUUACCAUUAUACUGGUUUACUGGGAGGAGAGGAGGAGAGGAGCAAGAGGUUUUAUUGCUAGAACAACGUGUGCCCUCCCUGCCUGAUGAUCCCAUGAGCCUGAGGGGGCCCAGAGGGUUUGAGGUGGUGGGGGUAGAAUGGAUGAGAGGUGGGAGUGGAGGUGGGGGGGUUAGGUGGGGAGUGUUGGGGGGCAAUAACAUUAUAACAUGGGAGUUCAUUGGAGCCUCACAACAUGGAAGGCUGGAGGUUUGAGAGUGCUGGGGAGCGACGUGUGUAUCUCUUCUGGCACCGUUAACUCUGACAUAUCAAUGAAUCAUCCCAUCCAAUCCAGGCGAAACAUACAUCACAGAGACACUGUGUAACCCGUGAAGUGCCUUAUCAUAUAGGUGGAAUUUGAUAUUUUACUGUCCAUGUAGUUGUCACAUGAAUCCCCAGUAUGUGUUUUGGAUGUUAAAUCAAAUCAAGCCCAAGAGCUCUCUCCAUCUGGUCUAUUAUUGUCUGUCUGUCUGUCUGGAUCUGGCUCUGUGUCCAUCAGUCCGUGUGAAAUUCGUGGAUCACAUUUGACAUUGAGCAGGUUUUGUGGUAUUUUGUGGAACGCCAUAAAAAGCCCUUUGGGCUCUUCCAGGAAUCUGAGGGGCGAGGGGAGUCCCUCCCUGGCUGAGAUGAUCCAAGCAUCACGUUCCUCUCCCCCCAGCACUCCUUAAUGGAUGGAUCUCUGUCCUCUUUCAGCCUUCUAUCCCCGUAAUUAGAUCUGCUUAAUUUACACUGCUGCUCCGUGCUGGGAACGGACGAUCUGUAAUAAUGUCUUAGUGUUUCUGAACACUUGCCAGAGUAACACUCUAUGAGGAAUAAUAAAAAGGGUUAUAAAAACAAGUCUACUGCUGACUGGGGAGCUGCUACCGCCUGCCUUCUGCCACACUGACUUAUCGCUGAUCAACCUGUGUGUGUGUUUGGGUUUUAUAUAGCCACAUUUAUACUACGCCCCCUAGCAGUGUUUUGCUGUUGUGUAUAAAAACUGUAUGUUUCUCUCUCUGUGUAUACAGUACCUGCUGCGUCUAUGUGUUUCUGUGUGCCCGGGCUGUGUGUGUGUCAGUGUGGAUUUGUAGCAGGCUGUGUUCCUGUGAUGGCGGCAGGCGGUGUGGAGCAGAGCGGAGGUGUGGGCCUCUUUCUCUCUCUCGCUAUGUGCAGCCUCUCCAUGUUUUAUGCAUGAGGGCUGAGGGCAGGGACCCUCUGGGGGGCGGCGGUGUCUGCGGACAAACACAACAUCCAGUUCAGCAGACAUGAUGACUACUUGGCACAUAUGCAACAGAAAGAAAGCUCUUUAAGGAGGUGAUCUUCCCUCUUUAUUCUCUUUGUUCUUCAGCAUUCAUGCCCACUCUCUUUUUGCCUCAGUGUCCUCUGUGUGCCCGUGACAGCGUUGGCCAUGGACUGCGCACAAACAGCAGUGUGUAAUCGGUGUAUGCGUGUGUGCGUGCAGGCUUGUGUAUGCAUGUGUGCGUGCAGGCUUGUGUAUGCGUGUGUGCGUGCAGGCUUGUGUAUGCGUGUGUGCGUGCAGGCUUGUGUAUGCAUGUGUGAAAAGAAAGGGAGCUGCUUUAAUCACAUCAGUGAUGUGUGCUGUGCUCAGUCGUCUCUCCCUGUUUCUGUACAUGGUGUUCUGUUCACAAAGCUCCCUAGGCUGACUGUUCCAGUACACCUAUAUGUACAGUAUCACCACCUCCACACUGCCUCUAGUCUCCCCUUAAAUCAAUGCUCUACACAGGAGCCUCUGCUGACACUCGUACAGUCUGAUAGUGCUCUAGAUUACAGUGGCCACUGCUUAUAUUUAUAUUUGUAUAAUACCCACGUUUUUAUAGCCAAGUUGUCGUUACUCAUUGUGUAUUUAUUCCUUUUUGGAAACAGCGCAUGUGCAGUUUGAGCUACUCUAGGAAGUGACGUUGCAGGCUAGCUUAGUGCUGCUCCCUCUUAAAUUGAGGGCCAUCCGAGGUACUGCAGGCUUCCAUUAGCAACUAAAUUAUCCUUUUAACUUCGUCUCUGUGUGAUUUUAAAGUAAUCGGUUCAAGUACAUACAUCUGAUGAAAUAAAAGCCUUAUUGGUAACAUGAUUGUGUUCAAUAUUUUUUUUUAUAUCUAUGAAUAUUGACCACGAAGAUCGCCAUUUCACCAUUCACUAUAAUGGAGUAGGUUAGGCAAAUCUCUUUAUGGCAACACAAGGUUGCUAGUCCAAGAUGGGGAUAUUAUAGUUGGGCCCUUGAGGCACUAAUCCUCAAAUGGCCUCAGUUAAAAAAGUGCUGUUUAAAUGUAUAAUGUGUAUGGGAAAACAAAACAGAAGCUGGCUGCCUGUACAGUACAUUUGUCAGGCUGAGUAAGUGUCAGAGGCAAAGUAAUAGCAUUCUAGUACUGGUGGUAAUUAAGAAAUAUUAGGCUACUGAAAGUAUGUGUAGGGCUUUACAGUAGCUUUAUUUCUUCCUGUCCUUUAUUGUCUGUAACCUCUAAAGAGCAAGUAGUUAGGGUUGGAGGAAUUCUAAAUAAGCUUGGUCAAAUUGUAAUCACAACUGUGGUCUCUAUACAUCAAUUUGGAGACUUCAGGGUCAAGUCUUGACAGGGAAUGCAGCAUUUCUCAGUAGAGCUUAAAAUUAAACGCAACUUAUUAAAUGUUAAUUGACGACACAGUGCAUGACGUGCUUACAGUGCUCCAGCACCACUUCAUCAUCUUCGCCAUCAUCUUGUUCCUCACUCCUACACGUUUCCAGAAGGCCAUCAAUGAGACGUGUUUUUCCGUCUCUGGGCCUAAUUUCAGUUCUGACUUUUUUUCUCUUUUUACUAACUCCCUCCCUCCGCCUUUGUUUUUCGGGGGAAUUGGGGCUAACAAAAACAAGACGCUAGAAAAACGACUGUGUGAAUGCUGAUCCUCUCCGGACGUAGCGAGCUUUCUGUAGGAUCCCGUAGAGCCGCGCGGGGUACUAGCUUAGCUUAAAUAAAUGUACCAGUUGAAAAAGAACAGAGGAAGAGAGCAAGGAGGGGGUCUAGGCCUCUUGUUAUGCUAAGAGUGUUCAGAUAAGUCCUGCUCGGUCCAAGUUAAUUACGGUUGACAUUUAAAUAAGUGCACUUGUCUUGAACAUGGUGGGAGAGCUGAGAAAAAGACAGGCAUCUCUCUAAUUGAGUUUGUGUUGCAUGCCCCACCCCCACACCACAGCACCAAGCCCACAGCACUGCUUUGUUCCACAGGGAGCUGAUAUGUGAAAUGCAGCUGCUGAAUGAGGAAAAACACAUUAUGGAUGUAUCUGCACAGGUGUUUUUGUGGAUUCUGCCAUGUUCUCUUCCAGAGAUUACGUUGUUUGAAGCAUAAACCUACAGUAUGUUCUGUUAUUUUACAUGUAUGAAGCGAGAUCGCCCAGAUCAACAAAUUCACUGUGGCUAUGUGUGUUGUCAUUCUGGUGAGGUUUACUUCACACUGAUACAGUAUGUGUUAACAAUUGGAGUGAGCCGGACUGGACUGUCAGCUCCAUUAAGCAAGGUUGUAUUGUGGUCUUCGUUAAGUGGCGCAUUUGAAGAUCAGCUAUUGCUGCUUCAGACCUCACGUGGCUUUGACAGUACAUUGUUUACAGUUGAACACUGUAAAUGUAGUCUACAGUUCUGAGGAUGCACAAAGUGAUCCUAUGAAAGGGCAUUUUACUAUCAUAGAGCAUUUAGCCCUGACAACGGUAUGCUAUUUUCAAAUAGCGAUUAACCUACCAACAGAGGAUCCACAAGACUGACACAGAUCAAUGCAAAACACUCACCAGAAAACUUUGUUGUUAACAGAAUCAGUUCUAUGAUAGUGAACAUCAGACUUCUCUUUCACUGCUGCUGUUAGCCUAGUCUGCUGUUAGCCUAGUCUGCUGUUAGCGUAGGCUACUGUUAGCUUAGGCUGCUAUUAGCCUAGUCUGCUGUUAGCCUAGUCUGCUGUUAGCCUAGUCUGCUGUAAGCUUAGGCUGCUGUUAGCCUAGGCUGCUGUUAGCCUAGUCUGAUGUUAGCCUAGUCUGCUGUUAGCCUAGUCUGCUGUUAGCCUAGGUUGCUGUUAGCCUAGUCUGCUGUUAGCCUAGUCUGCUGUUAGCCUAGGUUGCUGUUAGCCUAGUCUGCUGUUAGCCUAGGUUGCUGUUAGCCUAGUUGCUGUUAGCCUAGUCUGAUGUUAGCCUAGUCUGCUGUUAGCCUAGUCUGCUGUUAGCCUAGGUUGCUGUUAGCCUAGUCUACUGUUAGCCUAGUCUACUGUUAGCCCAGUCUGCUGUUAGCCUAGGCUGCUGUUAGCCUAGUCUGCUGUUAGCCUAGUCUGCUGUAAGCUUAGGCUGCUGUUAGCCUAGGCUGCUGUUAGCCUAGUCUGAUGUUAGCCUAGUCUGAUGUUAGCCUAGUCUGCUGUUAGCCUAGUUGCUCAUUAGCCUAGUCUGCUGUUAGCCUUGGUUGCUAGUCUGUUUAGCCUAGUCUGCUGUUAGCCUAGUCUGCUGUUAGCCUAGUCUGCUGUUAGCCUAGUCUGCUGUAGCCUAGUCUGCUGUUAGCCUAGUCUGCUGUUAGCCUAGUCUGCUGUUAGCCUAGGUUGCUGUUAGCCUAGUCUGCUGUUAGCCUAGGUUGCUGUUAGCCUAGUCUGCUGUUAGCCUAGUCUGCUGUUAGCCUAGGUUGCUGUUAGCCUAGUCUGCUGUUAUCCUAGUCUGCUGUAAGCCUAGUCUGCUGUAAGCUUAGGCUGCUGUUAGCCUAGUCUGAUGUUAGCCUAGUCUGAUAUUAGCCUAGUCUGCUGUUAGCCUAGGUUGCUGUUAGCCUAGUCUGCUGUUAGCCUAGUCUGCUGUUAGCCUAGGUUGCUGUUAGCCUAGUCUGCUGUUAGCCUAGUCUGCUGUUAGCCUAGGUUGCUGUUAGCCUAGUCUGCUGUUAACUAGUCUGCUGUUAGCCUAGGUUGCUGUUAGUCUAAAACAGAAUAGCACCCUGAGAACAACUGCGCACAUUAUUUCAAAUGCCCCUUCCUCCCCUACAUCACUGUCCUCUCCCACCUGGCCCCUUCCUCCCCUACAUCACUGUCCUCUCCCACCUGGCCCCUUCCUCCCCUACAUCACUGUCCUCUCCCACCUGGCCCCUUCCUCCCCUACAUCACUGUCCUCUCCCACCUGGCCCCUUCCUCCCCUACAUCACUGUCCUCUCCCACCUGGCCCCUUCCUCCCCUACAUCACUGUCCUCUCCCACCUGGCCCCUUCCUCCCCUACAUCAAUGUCCUCUUCCUCUUCUUGACCAUACUGUUUAAUCACUGGGCACAGUAAGGGGGCUAAUUAGACUUAAUUUAUCUAGUUCAGGAAGUGAAGUGCCUGCCUGGGCCUGGCUGACUGUCUGGCUGACUGUCUGUCGUUUGGCCACAGCAUUACAGUACAUCUGCAACCCUGGCCAUCACACUGUCAUUACUCUCCCGCAGAAUCCUACUGUAUGUUUAUAAAAUGUCUCACCCCACCUGAUGGAGCACUCACUACGGUGGUUCAUUACAUUUACAUUUUAGUAAUUUAGCAGACGCUCUUAUCCAGAGCGACUUACAGUUAGUUUAUUUUUCAUACUGGCCCCCCUUCAGUCUUUAUUCUUUACCCAUGAACCCCCCCCCCCCCCCCCACGGAGCUGUAGUCAGAGGUCUCUCUCUCUCUGAGCCCAGCUGUGUUUGUUAGCAUAGCGUAUGAGCCGAAGCGGUCUGAGUAGUGCGCCUAACUAGGAACCUUUCAUUUACUCCAGUGUCACUGAUGAGGGACAGAUUAUCCAAACACAGGCUUUCCCCUGGAACUAGGGGUAAUGAGCACUAGGGUUUCCUGCACAGUGAUUGCUGACAGUAGAACACAGGUAAUUGCCUAAUCACAUGGCAGCUCCCUGCCCUGGACAGACUACAGUCUCGGCUCCGCUGCUCAUUUGGUUCAUUUCAUUGCAAUGUGUCUGCUCAAGGUUAAGAGCCCCCCAGCGUUUCUUUAGAUAAAGCCACUGGAUUAUGACUCAUUCCAUUGAAAGAUGGAGCCAUUAUUUCCUUUUUGCCAAUACGUUAAUUGCCUUCCAGUGCGGGAAUGGGUAUAAAAAUACUUUUACACUGUAGGUAAAACCUCCCUGGUAAUUGGUUAUGAUUAACUGGGUUGGUGUGCCACUGAGUUUAGGACACUAGUACACUGUUACUGAACAUGGCAGUAAUAUUUACUGUAGGCCUAUGUGAAAGAUGCUCUGAAAAAUGUUGCGUAGGUUUUCAAACAUUGAAUUGACCGCUGCGUCUCCCCUCUCUCUCCAGCGAUGGCGGAGUUCCAUGUCCAGCCGCGGUCAGUGCGUGCGGAGGAGGCGGGCAUGGGGCGGUUCCAGUGCCAGAUUCACGGCCUGCCUGAGCCUGCCAUCAGCUGGGAGAAAGAUGGCCGCUCCGUGGACACUAAGGAUGAGAGGUAGGGUUCCUCUGUGUUAAUCACCUCAGCUGUGCCUACCAACUACUGUACCUGCACACAUAACUCUGGCUAUCUAGAAGCGAGCAGUCCAAACUUUAUUUCACAGCUAUAGAGAUAAACAAAUUCACUGUAGCAGCUUCACAACCUUCACUUAACUGUUACCCAGCCAAGCCUCACUCAGCUCAGAUCAACACCACCUGGAAUCCAGUGUGCUGUAGCCUCCCUUGUGUCUGUCUAGCUGUUUUAAAUGGAGUUUACGUUGCGUGUGUAAACACACUUAAUCAAGCAAACAAUUAUCUACUCCCUCUUUCUUUUUCUCUCCCUCCCUCUAUCUAUCUCUCUCUUCUCCCCCCUCUCCCUUUUUCUCUCUUUCCCUUUCUCCCUCUGCCCUCCCUCCCCUACCCUCUCUCUCUCUCUCUCUCCCCCUCCCUCCUCCCAUUCCUUCUCUCUGUCAGGUAUACCCUGCUCCCCACUGGUGUCCUGCAGAUCACAGGUCUGCGCCAGGAGGAUGGUGGUGUGUUCUGCUGUGUGGCCCACAACAGUGCAGGAGUAAAGCACAGUGCCGGGGCUCGCCUCACCGUCUCAGGUCUCAAUACUCAUAUAUACAUAUAUAUAUAUACACACACACAUUCCCUUGGUAUCCACCCACCGCACAAAUAUGCAUCAUCUCACACAGCCUAACCGCCAAGAUGCUCACGCUGGAGAUAAUGCACAACAGUGAAAUCCAAUUAAAUGUUGCAAUCCCCCCCCCCCCCCUUUUUUUUUGCAGGCUCCCAGUCUUCUGUUUACAAAGAGCCCAUGAUCCUCGUGGGUCCUGAAAACCUCACUCUCACCGUUCACCAGACGGCCAUCUUGGAAUGUGUUGCCACAGGAUAUCCCCGCCCCAUCGUGUCAUGGAGCAGGCUUGGUAAGACCAAAACCCUGCUUUCUCUUUUACAUCAAAUCAAAGCUGCAGCCUUCAGGGUGCUGCACAGGCGUUAAACCACCCUGCCUCUCAGGCCUUGAGGGCUAUAGAACCCUUCUAUCUUCCAAAAGGUUCCAUGUUAGAUUGCUUGUCUAGUUUGCAAUCAUCCGAAAACCCGACUUGAAAUACAUCACUAUUGCAGCUGAUUUAAAAACCAUGUCACCAUAGUAGUAUAGCUGAAUUAUAUAUACAUUUAUAUAAAGCACACAGGCAAAAUACAGAGAUUGAAGAGGACAUUCUGUUAAACUGAACAUUUUGAUACAAUAAGAUACAGCGGCUUUGCGUGUGAAAUUGGUCAUGGCUUGCUGCCUUCACAGCGUGCAUGGAGCCCAUUUUUUCCCAGAUGGUUCCAAAUUAUUUGGAAUGUUGAAAGCCUAUGUACCAGACAUUAUCUUGCUGACCUUGAUAUAAAUUAAUGGAGGAAAAAAGCAGUGUUCAGUGACUGCUUCUAAUGUGGUACAGCACAGUGAUAAAGUAGGCUCCUGCUGUCCAGUGUGUAUUUGUGUGUGUUUUUGUACGCACGCGCAGUUGCGUUGAUGUUUAUGUUUUUGUUGAAGUGUGCAUGUAUGUAUGUGUGUCUGGGUUAGCUCGUCUCUGCAUUGUGUACAUACGUGUAGUAUGUUCCUUUAUGUAAUGUCUAAUAGAACAUUCAUCUUAUGUACACAUGAAGCAGGGGAUUGCAGCCUUGAUCAGUCUUUGGGGCCUAAAUACAAUUUUGUUUUUUGAUGAAUGCAUUCUUUACUCUCCUGGUAGAGAUGAACCUCUAAAGUGAGUAAGUGAAACACAGACAGGAUUGAGCCCAGGCAGGAUUCAGUCCCCCCCGCUUCACACGUUCCUCUUGGCCAUCACUCAAAGUCUGCCACUACCAAUUUUGCAAUCUGAUAUUUGUUUUUCAAAGCUAUUAUCCAAUCUGAUUUGCUGUUCAAAAUGUAAAUUGCAGCCUCUCCCCAACCAGAGAGGAGCCUUAAUCAGAUUGUGGAUAUUGCCUCACACAAUGUUGCUGUAAUUAAAUGCUGACACAAUGGGAUUUCAGCAGGGGCGUCAUGCAACCAUUAUUUUAGAGGGGGCAAGUAGUACGUGAGGAUGGAGGGGGGGGUGAUUUUUCAAACACCUGAAAAAGCUUUUUCCUGCCAGAGAGCCAUAAUCAUUAUGCCUAAUUUUUCUGCAUAGGUUAUCUAAGCAUACCUCUUUAGCUUUUCAAUUGUCAUUUUAAUGAAUGAUGCACAUUGAUUCUUUAAAGGUGCAAUAUGCAGAAAUCGCUCCGCCAUUUCCUGGUUGCAAAAAAUUAGUUCGCCCAAUUUCAGUUUAUGUGACAAAACAAGCAAUGCAUAGUAUAAAGAAUAAUUGUACAAUCUAAACCGCUGUGAAAUAUAUUUUUGUAUUUUCAGCUGUUUGAAGCUGCUGUACAAAAUUGAAAGUAAAAGUCGCAAAAACGAAACUUAAGAAAGGGAAGCAUAGAAAUAGCGCACAUAGAACAGAUCUACCGCUUUUUACUUGCUUUCGAUGAGAAUGACAGACAUAUUACUCACAUUUCUUUGUGAAUUUGGUCAGGUUGCCCAAAAAGUUACAUAUUGCAGCUUUAAGAACUUUUAUGCCUUAGGAGUUUAGUACAACUGCCACACCGGUAUAUAGUAUCAUAACCAAAUAAUUAAAGCUAUUUUAGUAUUUUCUCAAGUCUAGCAACCAGCUAAGUGCCAGCUAAGAUAGUUAGACAAGCUACUCUAACUUGAUUGAUAGCCUGAAGUGGCUUGGUAUCUAGUUAUGAGGUUGGGAGAUUGGGAACAUAUUUAGCUGGCUAGCUAAAGCCAACUUCAUAAAAUUGCUAGUUGGCUAGUAUUACAGAGAAACAACAAAACAUUUUUGUUUUAUUUAUUAAUCAAGAAGGAAUCAAUAGGCUACAUAGCUUGAUCAAAUUCAUUUACAAACAUUCCUCCUGCGAGUCCUGUUCAUCACCGGCAGUUAAAAUCAAAUCAAACACUGUGUGUGUCACUCGACACUCUCUCUCCUUCUCCGCUGACGUAGCAUAUCUUUGCUCUGUGGUGCACCUUGGAAGGAACCACUUACUAGAGAGAAUAGGGGGGAGGGGGGGAAUAGUCAGGGUGUCCCCUCCGCAAAAUACUGCUGACAGAUAUUUUUCAAUAAAUAAGGAUGAUAAGAAGUGGGCUUAAAAUUAAGUUGAGUAAUUAAUUUAACAUCUGAAAAAUGUAAAAACAGGAGAAAUCUGAGGGGGCACGUCCCCUUGUUCCCCUUAUGGGCAUGACGCCUCUGGAUUUCAGGAGAGAGAGAGAGAGAGAGAGAGAGAGAGAGAGAGAGAGAGAGAGAGAGAGAGAGAGAGAGAGAGAGAGAGAGAGAGAGAGUGAGAGAGUGAGAGAGUGAGUGAGUGAGUGAGUGAGUGAGUGAGUGAGUGAGUGAGUGAGUGAGUGAGUGAGUGUUGAUUUUACACUUCACUCAGCAGCUAGCCCGACUUGGGUAAGGCUUAUUGUAGAGGGCUGAUAACGGCAAUUAUAUGCUUCACAGUUGUUUAGCCACUCCUUGCUGAGUCCCUUUAUGGAACUGGGCUGGUAGUGGGAGGGUCGGGCUGAGAGCCUGAGGCUUGUACUUAACAGUACCAUGGAGCAUGUUUAAGUUAUACUCUACUAGCCAUAGCUUCUACUACAGUCGAUAAGAAACUCCACUGGCUGACUAAGCUGUUUCAAUUGGGUUGUAAAUAUGUCUGAAUAAUAAUAAAAUACUGUAGCCUACAGCCCACUGUUGGUGCUGUUUGUUGCAGCUACAUGAACACAGAAGGGCUGAGGUUUGUAUAUUGUUGUUUGAAGGCAUUCUGGUGAAAUCUGGAUGUACUGUGCACCUUUUUCCAUUCUCUUGUUUCUCUUCAGCCCACAGUGCAGUCUUGUAGAGGUCCAGGUUUGUGGAGUGUUUCCAAAUGGCCCUCCCUUUCCUUGUUGUGGUUCUGCUCAGAUGCACAUAGUGCUCACAGAGGAGACGUGUGUGUUGCCCUCCUAUAAAAGGCCCGGACCUGACCAUAUGGCCCCAGUCUCUGGCUAGCUGUCUGCUAGCGAUCUGUCUGAGGAUGUGAGGAGAGGAGGAUGGCCAGUCUGCUGUCUCUGCAGGCUUUUAGCAUAGUGGCCAUGUCCCCCGCACAGCCCUUUAACACUCUAAGCCGGGACACACAGGACGCAGAUGUUACAAAGAUAAAGAGGGACUAAAAUAUCUUCGGCUGUGCCAUGUCUUUCUUGGUCCUUGGUCAGGUCAUUGUAAUAGGACGAUAUGGACAGGGUAUUUGAUGGAGGGACAGAGGGAGUGGCAGCCUAGCUUAUCUGUGUAGCUCUGCCUGCUCAGAGGGCAUUUCCCCAGUUUAAAGCAUGGUGUGGCUGAGGCAGUAGAGGGCUUUGUCAAACCGGGAGAUUGAACUGGUGUGUGUGUGUCACUAGCCUGUCAGAGAGCGGGGUGGGGAGGAGGGGGCGGGGGAGGUAAAACAGACCCCCUCACACACACAUACAAUCACACACACUAACACACAAUGGAGUCAUGGCAACAUAGUUCUUCUGCGUCACUUGCUGUGUCGGAGUGGCCUUGGCCCUCGCCCAAUACACUCGCCUCGUUUGCCACCUUUGUACUGAAUAUGGUGAUUCCCAUAAGAUGUGCUCUGUCACACUUGUGAGAACUGAUCUGAUAUUUACUGUGAAAUGUGUUUCUCAGCGGUAUGGGGAGAACUAAAAUAGCAUCUCCUCUUCUCCAGCGUUUACUCUUUUGUGUAUGUUUAAUCAAUCAUUAAUCUCCCUUGGUAUUUUUAUAGCCUUUUUGUGUAUAUUUAAAGGGCAUAUUUUUUUAUAUUCUAAGCUAACUCAGCUAAUUUGCUAUCUCCCUCCUCUCCUCCUCUUCUCUCUCUCUCGCUUUCUCUCUCUCUCUCUAUUCCUUCCCUCAUUUCAUCUCCUCUCCUAUUCCCUCCCCUCCCCUCUUCUCCUCUCCUCUCCUCUCCUCCUCUCCUCUCCUCCUCCCCUCUCCUCUCCCCUGUCUCCUCAGAUGGCCGUCCGAUAGGUGUGGAGGGCAUCCAGGUGCUGGGUACAGGGAACCUGAUGAUCACAGAUGUCGGGGUCCAGCACUCUGGCGUCUACGUCUGCGCUGCCAACAAACCAGGGACCCGUGUACGCAGAACCGCUCAGGGACGUCUGGUGGUCCAAGGUGAGCCUUUACUUACACACCCACUCAGUAUAGUGUGUGUGUUUGUGUGUGUGUGUGUGUGUGUGUGUCAGUGUCAGUGGAGGCUGGUGGGAGGAGCUAUAGGAGGAUGGGCUCAUUGUAAUGGCUGGAAUUUAAAAAUGGAACGGAGUCAAAUGUGGUUUCCAUAUGUUUGAUGUGUUUGAUCCCUUUCCAUUUAUUCCAUUCCAGCAAUUACAAUGAACCCGUCCUCCAAUAGCUCCUCCCACCAGCCUCCACUGGUGUGUGUGUGUGUGAUUUUGAAUGGAAAUCAAUUUUAGGUCCACACAAGGUUAGUAAAACAAAUGUGUGUGUGUCUCAUUCGCUUUGUGAUUUUCUUACUUAUAUUUGACCAAUUGGAGGUGGUUAGGGGUGCAGGUAGGGCCUUCUGACACAGAGUAGGAAGCAUUCAGCGUUUGCCUCACAUGCUUAUCGGCCAAAGGGCCUGCCCAUGUGUCAAUGUCUAUGGUUUCUUUAUCAAUCAGUGAAAACUAGAAAGCGCCCUCAGCUAACGAUCUGAUGAGAUAUACUGUACAAUACAUGUGUUUUAUGAUGAAUAAGUAACUAAAGGCUAAAUCCUUGAAGAAGCAUUGCUUCAUAUUCACAUGGCAACAGUGUUCUCCUCCUGGACGUAUUUCACAGUCGGGGUGCAUAUGACUGACUGACUGUCUGGCUAUGAGAGGGUUGUUAUGGUGAUAAGGCCUCAGUGACUAUAUAGAGGAGCAGCAUACGGCCGACUCCCUCCCGCCGUCCGGACAGCUGUUUUGAUCAGAGUAAGGUAGGCUGUUGCUUAAUAGAAUUGAUGUGAUCUUCCUGGCCAGAUGGUUGGCACAGCGGCCCUCUGCUCACUGCACUACCCUUCAUUUACCUCAGAGCGGGAGAGUGAGGGGAGAGAGAGAGUAAUGGAAAAAGAGAGAGUGGGGAGAGAGAGAGAAGGAAUAAGAGAGAGUGAGAGAGAUUAGGAGGAGAGGGAGAGAGGGAAGAAGAGAGAUUGGGGAAGAGUAAUAGAGAGUAGGGGGAGAGGGAGAGAGAGAAGGAUAGAGAGAGAGGAGGGGAUUGAAAGAGGGAGAGAGAAAGAUAGAGAGGGAAUGGGGGAAAGCGUGCUGAUCAGACCCACACCACAAUUGCACAUCAAUACUCUCCCUGACCCACCAUCCCCCCGCCCCCCUCCAGCCCUUCCCUCCAGCCCCUCCUUACAUACACACAGCCUCUAAAGAGAAAACAGAGAGAGAUGGAGAGAGAGAGAUGAAAAGGAACAGAGAGAGAUGAGAGAGAUGAGAGAGAGAGAUGAAGAGGGAGAUAGAGAGAUAAAAGGGGAGAUGGAGAGAGUGAUGGACAGGAGGAUAGAGCCAACCUAAUCCUCAUCAUACCACAGUACCUAGAAUGGUGUGAAUUUCAGGUCCCAGCACCUUACUGACAGGGUGACAUACAGUAUGGAGAUAGCUGAGAUUAGAAAACCAUCAUAACACCUCUUCUCUUAAGAUUAGAAUUAGAUAGAUAGAGGAUGCUAAAUAACUAGAACUAGAAAGGGGAGGGUUUGUUUACGGGAAGAUAGGAUAGAUAGAAAGAUUAGCUGACAGGCAAAUCAACCUGCUGAUGUGAGAGUGGGAGGGAAAAUAGUUGCUGAUUGUGGGAAGGAUCUCAUUGUAAAUUACGACUAGAUGAUCCCUAAUUGCAGUCUAAUUAUUAGGAAAAUAACUCAAGUUAUCUUAUCAUGGUUGACAAUAUUGAUGCGGCUAUUAAUAAGGCGAUGAAUAACGAGGGGAGAUAAUUACGCCAACAGAAAUAGCAACAGCAAUACCAACCAACAGCUCGGAUCGGAUCUGGGAGGAGCGUAAUCACAAAUUUGAGGCGAAACUAAACACUGUUUAAUUAAGAGGUAAUAGAGAUUUGCAUUACCUGUACCUCUGUGUCAAUUAGAGCAAAUGGAGCAUGGCUCAUAGCUCACAGGGAGGAGGGAAAGAAUGACUCCUAGGGAGGGAGAGAUUGAGGGAUGGAUCAUUGGCUGGAGGCUGAAGGUCAGUAGUUGUGUAGUGUGCAAUACUGAAAGGCUUUUUGGGGAAAGAUACUGUAUCUGCGCUGCAUUGCCUUUUACUCAGUUUAUGUGUUCUAUAAUAGGUAGUCUGCCGUUUGUGAACAGAUUCCCUGUUCCCUCUCCUCCUCUUCCUCUUCCUCCUCCUCCUCUCUUUUUGGGUUCCUAGAUCUGCUUCUUCUCAGCUCUAAUGACGUUAGUCUGAUCCUCAGCUAAUCGUUUUGUUGCUAAACUCUGUCGCUAAUUCCCCCCCCACACACACACACACAAUCUAGUUCUGAUAAAUGUGAUUAGGCCCAGAAUAAUACACCUUCAUUCCUCUCUUUCCCUUCUCUCUAGAAGGCUCUGGGAGCUUCCUUCUUUUUCAAAAUACCUUGGUAGCUUAUGUUUUCAAACCACUGGUGAAAAAACAUAGUUGUUGUGCAGCAUAGUAUGGGGAAUGGGAAAGCCCCUGUCAGCAAGUUACUGUAUCUAUGUAGCAAGGCACUUGAUAUUCAGUUUGUAAGUAGCUCAAUAUCUGUCUUUCCUUGUUUCCCCUGCAUCUGCCACAGCCCCAGCAGAGUUUGUGCAGCCUCCCCAGUCCAUCACCCGGCCUGUGGGCACCACUGCUAUCUUCACCUGCCAGGCGCAGGGCGACCCUGUGCCCCAGCUCACCUGGCUGAAGAACGGGCAGAUCCUGGAGCCUGGAGGGCACGUCAAACUUAGGAACAACAACACGUGA